CUCUUCUGUGCAGGGCUGGCCCAGGCCUCGGGCUCCUCCCCAGCUCCCCGUGGGUGACCCGCACCGCACUCACCGCCUUCCCCUUCUCUCUCCCCCACAGGAAGCCCAGAGCCUCAUCUCAGAGAUGCUCCUGCUGCUGUCGCUGCUGUGCGCAGGGUCCCUGGCUCAGGACCGGAGAUUCUGGCUGCGAGUGCAGAGGUCCGUGACGGUGCAGGAGGGCCUGUGCGUGCACGUGCCCUGCGAUUUCUCCUACCCCCGGGAUGGCUGGAUUGACUCUACCCCGAUUUAUGGCUACUGGUUCCGGGAAGCGGCUGAUACAUUCCAUGAUGCUCCCGUGGCCACAAACAACCCAGGCCGUAAAGUGCAGGAGGAGACCCAGGGCCGAUUCCACCUCCUCGGGAACCCCGGUUUCCACAACUGCUCCCUGGACAUCAGAGAUGUCAGGAAGACAGACGAAGGAAAGUACCGGUUUUGGGUAGAGAGGCCGUAUCAUGUGGAAUAUACUUACCUCUCUCCCCUGCUCUCCGUGCAUGUGAUGGCCCUGACCCACACGCCCCAGCUCCUCAUCCCGGAGACCCUGCAGGGUGGCCACCCCCAGAACCUGACCUGCUCUGUGCCUUGGGCCUGCGAGUGGGGCACGCCCCCCACCUUCUCCUGGACGUCAGCCGCCCUCACCUCCCUGGGCCCCAGGACCCUCCUGUCCUCGGUGCUCACUCUCACCCCACGGCCCCAGGACCACGGCACCCGCCUCACCUGUCAGGUGAAGUUCCCCACAAGCGGUGUGACGGUGGAAAGGACCCUCCAGCUCAACGUCACCUGUGCACCACAGACCCUGACAGCCGGCUCCUGCCCAGAGGACGACACAGGGGAACCGGGGACCAGAGCAGUGAUCAUUCAGGCGGCCUUUGUGGGAGCUGGUAUCACCGUACUGCUCGCUGUCUGCGUCUGCCUCAUCUUCUUUGGAGUGAAGACCUGCAGGAAGGAAGCAGCAGGGACAGCACUGGGCGUGGAUGGCAGCCACCCUGCUGCAGGCCCAGCUCCCCAGGGUCACCAGCAGGAGGCCGAGUCGGGCAGCCCCACCGACCCCACAGGCGCUGGAAAGGCCCUCCCCCUGCAGGGGGUGGGGCAGGAGCUGCACUACGCGUCCCUCAGCUUCCACAGGGCGAAUCCUCAGGAGAGCCCCUACGCAGCGACACCUCGGAGGGACUGACGGGAUCAUCGGUCUCCGCCAGAGCUUCCGUGGGCUCUGUGGGAAGGUGCCCCAAAGGCUGAUUCUUGGAGACCUAACCUCCCAUGGGCAGCAAGUUUGCAAGCUACAGCGUGCGAGUCUCCCUGUUGUCCUGGGGCUGUUGUUGGCUUUGCAGGCAGAGAGGCCUGGGACCCGACCUACGCUUUCUCCUUUAAGAACGUGACGUCUGACGAGGCACCUUUCCCCUCCAGGUCUCUCUUUCCUGCUUUGUGAAAUAGCUGUAAGAAGUCCUACCUCACAGGGUUGAAUGAGGGUUAAAUAAAAGUGACUAUCGAAGACAGCCAGCAAAGGCCUGCUGUACUGUGAGAGUGUGGGGCGCGCUGACUCCUUCCCCCGUGAGCGGAAAGGGUCACCUAGAGGCUGGGUGCGUUCUUCUGUCGGGGACACCACAUCAGCGAUGUGUCAGUCCCACUCAAGUCAACACCAACCCAUUGGGGUAAUCAUUUUGCAAUGUAUGCAUACAUCAAGCCAUUCCAUUGUACGCCGUAAACUUACACAGUGUUACGUAUCAAUUACAUCUCAAUCUGUUGGGAGUCUGCAUGGGGUUUAAUGAUGUUAGUUCGGCGUCAAGGGCUUUAAUCUCUUUAAUGAGCUGAACAUGUUCACGUUUUUGUUGCAAAAUGUCUUUAAGUGAAGAAACUUCUUUGGUUAGAGAAAUUUUUGCUUGUCGGAUGGGGUCAAUUGAAAGGGGGAAUUUGUGAAAUGACUCUAGAUCAGGGAUUUGAAAUAUAGGAGCACGUAGAGGGGAAAUAGGUUUAUAUGGAGGGGGUCUGAAGCUUUUAUUAGAGGCACUAUAAAGGGCUGGCGCCAUAAGGCGCCAGGGGUCUUCAUUUGCAUGAUAGUGGACGGCUUGUUCUUCUAAGGACUCUUCAUUGUUUAGGCUUAAAUGAUUCGUUUGGUGUCUUACAGAUGUGAGUGAAGGAUAGAUAUUUGGGAUUUUAGGAGGAUCAGGUUUAUCGUGAGUGUCUGGAGAUUUUAUAUUAGGUUGAGGUUUAGGAGAUUCUUUAAUAGGAGCGGUGGGGUCUUCAGGGAUAUCUACGGAUACUGAAGGACAGGCAGAGGGUGGUCGGGAGUUUUCCUUAAGGGCUAUUUCUCCUGUUUUAAUUAUAUCUUUAAUGUCAGGAUCUUAAGAAUGAACCUCAAGUAUGUCGUGAAUAAGGUUCCAGUAAGAAAAUGCUGAAACAGGGACUUUUUCAGGGCCAAAGGUCUGAUAAAAGUCUUGGAGGGCAUCACCAACUCUUUUCCAACAUUUAUGAUUGAUAGUGACUUCGAGGGGAAACUAGGGGCAAGUCUCAUGAAUAAAGGAAAAAAUUGUCUAAGAUCUUUUCUUUUAACCCUUACUCCUCGUGUCCUGAGGGACUCCCUGAGUCCGCUAAGAAAUACCUCGUGGGAGUUCAGUGAGUUGCCCAUUCGGACGGCUGGGAUUUCAACUCUAUGUAACUUGGAAUUAUACUAAUGCAGCCGCAACCACGCCAAUGUUCUGAACUACUGGAGGCACUCUCAUCAGCUCAGGCGAGCCCUUGCUUACGUAGGACAGUCGGCAAGUAUAAUCCGCUUGCUCGGACCCUCUAGGGCAGGGACUCUGUAGUCAGAGUCCCUUGUGCAGGCCCUAGAGGUGAACGACCAUUAGCCCAAAGUAAGCACAAGGUUUUCAGAGAGGAACAACCAGAGGACAA